AAGCUUCAGAUGAUUCUCUUUCGUGUCAUGGUAUAACAUAUAUCCUCCUCACGAUCUAUUUGUAAAUUGCCCAACACGUUGCCGCGAAGCCGCGCAAUCAAUCAUCCGUUCCAUGCAAUUAAGCGCUGAGAGGCCAAAAUUUCGAGAUCCUAAUCCCUUUUGAAACGCGGUUAUAGCUCCCUGCAGCUCACUAUGCCCCUGUGAUUGGGCAUGUCCAUCAGCGGGGUUCAGCGGCUUCCGCCCGUAAGAUGCACUGUCAUUGGGCGUGUUGUUAAUCCUUGAGCUUGCAGAUCGUUCUUAAUUUAUCCGUCAGCCAUCCUCUUAUCAAGCUCUCCAUCGCUCUGGUUUCCCUGGUCUGGCAUCCAACAUUAUUUAUCCAGAAAAGUUCUGUCGGAAAUUCGUCCUUCUAGAAGUCGUGCGAUAUGAAGUUCUUUGCAGUCCCUCUCGUUGCGUUGAUCUAUAGCACAUACUGUGCAGCUGUCGAGAAUAUCCAAGAACGAAAUGUCGAGCACAACGAGAGAGCUAGCACCGGGACAUGCUCGAUAGGCAUCGCGAGGUGGUUCGGAAGCAUCAGUUGGGACGCAACAGUGUAUAACGUACCGCAAGCCAUCCGCCAAGAUGACAACAUCAUCGGGACCCUCACGAACGCCGAAAUGGACAAGGGACAAUCAAUAACGAUCCAAAGCCCGGCGAGUGCGAUCACGAUCACGAACGUUGACAAUGCGCCUGUGUUCGACUACGAUAGCUCAGAAUUGAAUGCUUCGAUUACGGAUCCGGCGACGGGGACGACGAAGGUUAAGCUGGACUUUGUGUUGCAGAGCGGAAAUGUUACUUGGACAACGGAUGACUGUUAUGCGGGGAGUGUGGUAUUCUCAGCCGGGUUGGAAAGCUGGAGCUGUGAUUUCCCUUGUUCGGUGGAGGCGCCGCAGGUUAAGGAGCUGUGAGGGUUCGAUAUGAUAGUGAGAGUUUGGAGUUUGGUUGGGUAUAUCAUGUUAGUUGCGUGAAUCUUUGUCUUGAGACCACAGAAUGUAUCGCGCUUGGUCUAUCUUUCGAUACCUUGAUAUUGUCACCUCUUUCUGUUGCAUAUUCUCUCAAAUUGCGGUAUGCAUUAAGACAAACUUCCAUUUGGUUCUGGCCCAUCUGAAGUCGGCGCCAGAGCAUCCUGCAACUUUGUGUACUUUAACCUAAUGUCAGAUAUUCGUGACGGUGCCUGCUAGCGAGUCCACUAGCGUGUAAUCGACCGCUGAUAGAAGAAC